CCAAAACGGUCAAUUAAUCCAAGCAAUCAUUUUCCAAAUCCAGUUAAAAAUUGAGAACGAGAAUUCCAUUAAACCGUUUCCCAAACAGACCCCUUUCUCCCAGCCAAUCCCAUCGCGAGUGCGUUCAAAACCCAACAAAAAGUGAAAGCUUGAACCUUCAGCAACUCAAAGUAACAGCCAAACACAGAGAAAAAGAAAAAGAAAACAAAAAAACUGUUUUUUAAAAAUUUUGGGUAUUUGAUAAGUAGCUGCGAGUAUGAAUUGAAGGAGAUUUAGUGGAAGAGAUGAAUGUGAGCCAUCCCUCGGUUCACCCAGUGGAAGAUCCACCGACCAUAGGCGGAGGCGGUGGCGGUAACAACGAGUUAGCAAGAGUAAGGAUGAAGGAUAUUCAGGGGAAGCCUGGUACGCCAGGAGGGCUUGCAUUGCGAAUAUGCCAGUUCGUUUUUGCAGUUGUGGGACUUUGUAUUAUGGCAACCACCAGUGAUUUUCCUUCAGUUACAGCCUUUUGCUACCUUGUUGCUGCCACUGGCUUGCAGAGUUUGUGGAGCUUUUCGCUAGCUAUUAUUGACAUUUAUGCUCUUUUAGUGAGGCGUUCCUUGCAGAAUUAUCGUGUUGUUACUUUGUUUACAGUUGGAGAUGGGAUAACAUCCACUCUGACGUUUGCCGCGGCUUGUGCUUCAGCGGGUAUCACUGUUCUUAUUGACAAUGAUCUUAACAGCUGUGCACAGAACCAUUGCGCACAGUUUGAAACUGCUACUGCAAUGGCCUUCAUUAGCUGGUUUACUGCAUUGCCUUCGUUUCUCUUGAACUUUUGGUCACUUGCAUCCCGAUAAAAGGGAACAAGGAAAAUUUGAAGUAGGAAGAGAAACCAGCUCGUUGUAGAAUGCCAUGUGAAGCAUUUUCUUAUGCCAAGUAUCUUUCCUUGUAGCGUUCUCCGGUGUCUGAAAAGAUUAAAAAAAAAAAAAA